AUGGCGCCGCUCAGGUUCUGCGCCAACCUCAGCUGGCUCUUCACCGAGCUGCCGGACGUCAGCCAGCGGAUGUACGCGGCCGCCGCGGCCGGCUUUCAGGCGGUGGAGGCGGCCUGGCUCUACGACUCGGACCCGGAGGAGCUGCGGAGGGCGCGGGAGGCCACGGGCCUGCAGGUGGUUCUGAUCAACACCCCGCCAGGUGACCUCAAAGCGGGGGAUCUGGGUCUGGGGGCGGUACCCGGGAGAGAGGCAGAGUUCAAACAAGGCUUGGAUCAGAGCCUCAACCUUGCAAGAGCAUUGGACUGCAAAAGGAUCCACCUGAUGGCCGGCAGGGUUCCCGCGGGAGCGCGGAGAAGCGACGUCGCCAAGGAGAUGGAGGCCGUGUUCGUGCGGAACCUCGGCUACGCCGCCGAGCUCCUCGCCCAGGACGGAAUGGUGGGCUUGAUCGAGCCCAUCAACACCCGACUGACCGACCCCGGCUAUUUCCUGGACUCACCGCAUCAAGCGGCCGCCAUCCUGCAGCAGGUGGGGAAGGCCAAUAUCAAACUGCAAAUGGAUGUUUUCCACUGGCAAAUCAUGGAUGGCAACCUGACACACAACAUGAAGACGUACUUACCGCUGAUCGGUCACGUUCAGGUGGCCCAGGUUCCGGGCAGGAACGAGCCGGACAGCGCCGGAGAACUGAACUACGACUACAUCUUCACCACGCUGGAGGAGCUGGGCUACCGGGGCUACGUGGGCUGCGAGUACAAACCCCGAGGGAGCACUCAGGAGAGUCUGGCCUGGCUGCAGGACUACUGGAGCGCCAGGAAGUGACGGCCCGGCUGCAGGACUACUGGAGCGCCAGGAACAGUUCUGAAGAAUAAAACAACAAAGGCCAACUGGGUUCUUUGUGGAAGGAACCAAAAUAA